AUGAUAGCAGAAGCUACGCUGUCUCAAGCUGGAAGCCCAAAUCGAGCACAAAAUGAAGAAAAUGCGGAGGUAGCCAGAGAUCCAAACAUAGAUGACGCCAUCAGCUUGCUUACUUUCAACACUUUGAAUACUCAGUUGCUUAAUACGAUUCAACUUCCUCUAGAUAAAGUUCCCACGUCUACGGCAUAUGAGCAACAAGAUGCAGAACGAUGCGUCAUAGAGCAACAAGAUUUAGAGCACAACGAAAGCAGUUCAUUUAACACAAAUAUGGCAAUUAUCUCAAGAAAGGAGGAGGAAACGGAAAAAGGUUAUCUGGGCAGUCCUGUCGGUGAGAAUAAAGAGGAGGAACUAAAUUUAGACGAGGUCAGUUUAGUUGAUCCUCCUUAUACCUGUUAUAGCCGUUGGCAGAUUGCUGUAAUAUUUUCUGUAAUUGUUUUCAUUGGAUUUUUAGGUCCUAUGGCUGGCAAUAUUUACAUUCCUGCAUUGCCAUUAUUGCAAACAGAAUUCAACGUUGGGACAACAACUAUAAAUUCGACGGUAUCGGUUUUCAUGGCGGUAUUUUCUAUAGGGCCUUUAAUUUGGGGUUUCUACGCAGAUCUAACCGGGAGAAAAUUCUUAUACAUUAUUUCAUUGGCUUUGUUAGUAGUAGUGAACAUUUUAUUAGCCGCAGUCCCAUCAAAUAUUGUCGCACUAUAUAUUCUCCGCAUUUUCCAAGCUUUUGGUUCGAGCUCUGUCAUAUCUCUCGGAACAGGUACCGUCACUGACAUUAUCCCGCCAAAACACAGAGGAAAAUCCAUUGCGUAUUUUAUGAUGGGACCAAACAUGGGACCGAUUCUAGCACCAAUAUUUGCAGGCCUAAUUCUCAUGAAAGGGGAGCAUUGGAGAUGGCUGUUUGGUUUCACCAGUAUUAUGAGUGGCAUUGCUUUGCUACUUGUGAUUGCGAUACUCCCCGAGACUUUGAGAUGCAUAGUUGGUAAUGGUGAUCCUAAAUGGCUUGGUGACAAUGAGAGCACUGGUAAACCAAAACUUGGGCUCUGCACAAAUUUAGGUAUACAGAGGCGAAAAAAUGAGGACCCACAAUUUACUAGGGCUUACCCCAAACCACCCAAGCCAACGCUCAAAAUGUACUGGGAAAUGCUCAAAUUUCCUCCAUUGUUGAUUGUUUCGAUGAGUUCAGCAAUGCUGUUUACCAAUUAUUAUGGCUUUAGCGUCACGUUCUCACAUUUUUUGCAAAGUGAGUAUCAUUACUCCAUGCUUUCCGUAGGCAUUGCAUAUGUUUGCCCCGGCGUGUCCAUGCUACUAGGAUCCCAGAUUGGCGGCCACCUUUCGGAUUACAUGCGUCAGAGAUGGCUGAAGACCCAUAACAACCAAACUUUUCCACUUGAGUAUCGUCUAUAUCUGCAAAUCUGGGGCAUAGGUAUAAACACUGUAGGCUGUAUCGGCUACGGUUGGGCAAUUCAGCGCCAUUACCACGUCGUUGUCAUUUUUGUUUUUUCAGCUUUCAACGCCUUUGGUUUGACAUGGUCGAACAAUACAACCAUGACCUACCUCAGUGAACUGAUGGCAAGAAGAGUGUCAGGUGCUAUUGCUGUAUCAAGUUUUUUACGGAACAUUGGUGCAACCAUCAGUUCUGCCAUAGUAAUUAGACUUUGUCAGGAAAUGGGCAUCGGAUGGUGCUUUACAGGGCUCGGUUUAUGUAAUAUUCUUUCCUUUCUCGCCAUAUGCUAUCUUAUACGUCAUCAGCGUCGCAGCAUUUCAACCAGGUCUAUGAAACAGCUCAAUGUAUAG